AUGUCCGAUACACUAUUCGGUUUUCAAAGAUCUAACGUUGUUUUGUGCGCAGGACUCGCCGGAGCCGCAUUUUUGGGAUAUUGCGUAUAUUUCGAUCACAAGCGAAUCAAUGCACCAGAUUACAAAGAUAAAAUCAGACAGAGUAAGUGUUUUAUUACUUCUAGACUUUGCACGGUAGUCGGAUCUUUCUGAAAAAAAACAUUUCUAUAAAAUAUAAUUCAGAACGACGUGCUCAAGCCGGACGAGCUGGUGGUCGCGGAGCCGGUCCAGUAGUUGUCCCAAGUGGAGGUGGCGGAGUUCCAGCUGCCGCAGAUCUCGCUGAUCCAAGUUAUAUGCAAAGAUUCUUCUUGCAAGAAGUUCAAUUAGGAGAAGAAUUGAUGGCUGCUGGAAAUGUUGAAGAAGGUGCAAUUCAUAUUGCAAAUGCAGUCGCGCUUUGCGGAGAAGCUCAACAAUUAUUGGCGAUUUUCCAACAAACGCUGUCCGAAGAACAAUUCCACGCCGUUGUUCAACAAUUGCCACAAACCCGCACUGUGAGUGAAAAAUUGCAUCAUGCUACAAAAUUGGGAAUAGUUGAUGUUAAAAAACAGUUAAUCCAAAAUUUUAUGAUCUUUUUUAACGGAAAGAAAAUGCCACUGAAAAUCUUCAAAAGUAGAAAUACAAAUAUUCUUUUUAAUUUUUGGAAAAAAACGUUAAAGACAUAAAAAUUUCAGAGACUCGCCAAUAUGUUUGGACAAGCCGCUGAAGAAGCUGAAGACGAACCACCAAUGAUGCAAUAUAUAGGAGAUGGACCACCACCAGCCCAGGUAACCCAUUUUUUUGAAAAAAGAAUAUAAUUUUACAAAUCAAAAGUUCAAGAAACAAACUAUUUCAGUCCGAAGAGCUUCUCGAUUAAACUUUUUUUGAAAGGUGAAAAUUGCAGUGAGAAAAAACCCGUGCACUUUUAAAAGCCUCCAAUUUUAUUUUAUUCACUAAUAUUUCCCGCCUUUUUCUUUUUCAGUGACCAAAAAAUUCUGUUUUUUUUUUCAGAUCCAAGAACUUAUCGACGAUACUGAUGAUUUGGAAUAA